AUGUCGACAACUCGCUUCCUCUCCGCGCUCUUGGCGAUACUCGCCUUGUCAUGCCUAGCGGCCGACGCCCGAAAACUACAAGAAGCGGACCCCGCAGUCCCCGCAGUGGAGCCUCAGACAGUGGAAACCACCCCCCUCCCCGGAACUCCUAAGCUCGCGAGCAUCGCCGUCGCGCCGAACGCGAAAGCGACGAGCCCCAUAGUGCCCACGACGACCACCGCGCCCACCCCCAAGGGGAAGGCCCUUGGCGGUAAGGUCGCUCCCGCCGGCGGGAAGCAGCCGGGCCCCGGCGCGCCCAAGCAGGGCACAGCAGGCGGCGCAGGAGCGCCCAAGACGCACCCCGCGCCGGUCCCCAGGGGGGCGGAGCACAAGGGGAAGCCGCUGGGGCACGAGGUGAUGCAGGUGGGCACUGUUCUCCGCGGGUCGUCCGUCGUCGGCGCGGCGCCCGGCGACGCGAACGCAGCGGGCAACGCGAUCAUGACGGUGUAUAAGAACGGCCCGGUGGUGAACAUCAAGUAUGUCGUCGCCGUGCGGAAGCUGUCCGUCGCGGGACUGCCCACCGGCGCGACGAUCAACAUGGCCGCCAGCGACGCGACGGGGCCGGCAGUUAUCAGCUUCGCGGGAGCGAAAUGGGUGAACACCACGGGCAUUGGCGCUACGGCUUCCGCAAACCCCGCGGAGAACUACCUGAGCUAUGCGACGACCGGCGUGUGGGAAGACGUCGCCAACAUGAAAGCGUUGUCUGGCCAACCACUUUCGACGACGUUCUCGAAAGUGAUGUUUAACCCCGAAAAAUUCUACGUGGUGGUGUCGACUCCGGCGUUCCCCGCGGGCGCCGUGCGCGGGCAGCUCCGCAAGGGCACCGGCGCAACUGUGCUUCCGCCUGGCCACCGCAAGCAAAUGGUGCUUGCGCUUCCGCGCCAUAUCUCCGCGGCCCCUCACCUCAACAUCCCCAUUCGACGCGCUGCCACGUGUCACGCUUCCCGCGUUUCUCGCCAAGGCGUUUCUUCUAGGGCAUCUCUCGUUGUGAAGGUCCCCGCAGAUCGCGCUCUCGCCGCAGCUGCCGGAUUUAGCGCUACAGUCGGGUUCGCAGAGUCGCGUGUUUUCGGGUUACCCGAUACGCGCGCUUUGCUCGCGUCGCAGCGCGCGACAGCCGGAAACUGCGCUACAGCCGGAGCGGGUUCGCGCACCGCGGGGCGUGGCGGCGCGUUGGGGGUGAAAAUGGUGCUUACCGAGUCGCAGCCUCUCGCUUUAGGCACCCGAGCGCCGGAUUUCACGCUAGUGGAGCCUCUGACGGGCAAGACAUGGUCUCUCUCCGACUUUGAUGGCCACCCGGCUCUCCUUGUCAUGUUCAUUUGCAAUCAUUGCCCCUUCGUGGUUCACAUCAAGUCGCAACUCGUUGCACUUGGCAAUGAUUAUAUUUCCAAGCAUGGGCUUGGAGUGGUUGCCAUCUCCUCCAACUCGGUCCUCACCCACCCUCAGGACGGACCAGACAAAAUGGCAGAGGAAGCCAAGCAGUUCAACUUCCCCUUCCCCUACCUCUAUGAUGAGACGCAAGAGGUAGCGAAAGCUUACCAUGCUGCCUGCACGCCCGACUUCUUUCUCUUCAAAAAGGACGGUCGCCGCCCCUUAGAGCUCGCAUACCACGGACAGCUGGACGACUCGCGUCCCUCCAACGGCCGCCCGGUCACUGGCAAGGACCUUCGCACGGCUCUUGACUGCGUGCUGUCUGCGAGACCAGUCCCCAGUGCCCAGAGGCCCAGCAUCGGCUGCAACAUAAAGUGGGCACCAGGCAAUGAGCCCGGCUAUUUCGGUUAG